AUGAAGUUCCCUAAUGCAAAGGUGUUCAGAGCUGCUUUGAGGGAGUAUGCAAUCAAAAAACCUAUUGACAUCAAAUUCAAACUUAAUGAGAAGACCAAGAUAUCAGUUCACUGCAAGAAUGGGUGUGGGUGGAGAUGUUAUGCAUCUCAAAUAAGUGAAGAGCUAACAUUUCAAAUUAAGACCUUGACUGAUGACUGUACUUGUCCCAAGUCUUUCAAAAACAGCCAAGCAACAUCAGCUUAUGUUGCUAAGAGGUUCAUUGAGGAUUUUAGUAAAAAUCCAAAUUGGGAGGUGAGUGGUGUACACAACCAUGUGAUGCAAAAUUUAUCUGUUGACCUAAGUGUAAACCAAGUGUAUAGGUCAAAGAGAAAGGCAAAGGAUUUGAUAAAUGGAGAUGAGCAACUGCAAUAUGGUCUCCUUAGGGACUAUGCACAAAUGAUAACCACUGUAGACAAGGGGAGUAGGGUUAUACUGCAGACAGAAAUGGCUGAGGAGACUUCCCAGCCAAAAUUUAAGAGGAUGUAUGUUAGGUUCAAUGCUCAGAAGGUAGGAUUUUUAGGUGGAUGCAGGUCAUUUAUAGGUUUAGAUGGUUGUCACAUAAAGCACAGAUUUGGUGGGCAAAUCUUAUCUGCCACUUCCAAGAAUGCAAAUGACAACAUUUUUCCAGUAGCCAUGGCUGUUGUGGAACAAGAAACCAGGGAGUCUUGGAUAUGGUUUUUGGAAAUUUUUGCUGAUGAUAUAGGGAGGCCAGAGGAGUUUCAGUUGGUCUUCAUUUCUGAUAGGCAAAAGGGGCUUAUACCUACAAUAAAGACACUAUUCCCUACCGUGGAGCAUAGAUACUGUGUGAAACACAUCUACAACAAUUUCAAAGUUGAUCACAAGGGAUUGGAGCUGAAGGAUGCAUUGUGGAGGUGUGCUGCUGCCACAACAGUAAGGGAGUUUUGA